CGUCGCGGGCAGGGUGAGAGGUCACGGCGGCGGCCCCGGUCCUGGUCCCGGUCCCGGUGCGGCGGCGGCGGAGCCGCGUCCCGUCCCCGGUCAUGGCUGCCCGACGGCUCCGCGGCGCCUUCCAGCUCGGGGCGCGGCAGCGGCUGCGGGCCGCGGCGGCCCCGCCCGGCAGGCACACGGCGCUGUGCGGGCUGCGGCUCAGCCGGCUCGGCCGGCCGGCGAACGGCGCAGCGUGGGAGCCCCGGGCGCAGCCCAGCCGCUCCUUCCUCAACCUCACCAACAAGCGGAAGGAGUACUCGGAGCGGCGCAUCAUCGGGUACUCCAUGCAGGAGAUGUACGACGUGGUCUCCAACGUGGAGGACUACAAGAACUUCGUGCCCUGGUGCAAGAAGUCGGUGGUGGUCUCCAGGCGCACGGGUCACGUCAAGGCUCAGCUGGAGGUGGGCUUCCCGCCCGUGGUGGAGCGCUACACCUCCAUCGUCACCCUCGUCCGCCCCCAUCUCGUCAAGGCCGUCUGCACGGACGGGCGCCUCUUCAACCACCUGGAGACGAAUUGGCGUUUCAGCCCCGGCAUCCCCGGCUACCCCCGCACCAGCACCGUGGAUUUCUCGAUCUCCUUCGAGUUUCGCUCCCUGCUGCACUCUCAGCUGGCCACCGUCUUCUUCGACGAGGUGGUCAAGCAGAUGGUGGCAGCCUUCGAGCGCCGGGCGGCCAAGAACUUCGGUCCCGAGACCCGCAUCCCCCGGGAGCUCAUGUUCCACGAGGUUCACCAGACGUGAGGGCGGCCCGGCCACCACGGACUGUGCCAGGGCCCCGGGGCUGCCCGCCCCGCACCCACCCGCCAAAAUAUUUAUUUGAGUGCAUCUCUGCUGCCGUUGCCUCGACUUCCCCCCCCCCAACCCUGGGGGUGAGAGGUGACGCUCCUGCGAGCGCGGGGGCUGCCGUGAGCCCCCGGCCCCACCGCCACGCUGCGGGAGCUGCGUCCCAGUGCUGGACUCCCUGGUUGUGUAGCUAAUUUUGGUUUUAAGUUUUGGUUUUGUUCUUGGGAGCUUUUAUUUUAUUUUAUUUUUUUUUUUAUCCUCACUUUUGUUCCUUUUGAGUCCUCAGCAAGUGCCUGGGCCCCACCACCUCGCUUGGGGAGAGUGGGAGGAGGGUGGGUGUUCGCUGGUGGGGGGGGCCCAGCCAGGGAUUGCGAGGGAGAGAGGCAGCAAGCAGCCAGGGCGGGGGGCCCGGCUGAUGGAGCCCCCAGCUCGUCCAGGAACAAAAAGGAAGGAGAAGGGCGCAGGGAGGAACCGCCUCGCCCGGGCACUGGAGCUGAGAGACCCCCAGCAGCGCCCGCCCCACCGCCAGCCCCCACCUCGCACAGUUUGCACAAGUCACACGCACGGGGCAGGGGGGGACACACAUGGGGCAGCUUGUGCCCCCCAGGCAUUCCUCUGGUUCUAGCUUGCCUUUCCUCACCUGCUGCAGGGGGUGGGGGGGGGGCUCCUGCUCCACCAGGCCUAAACACCCACCCGGGGAGGGGGCGGGCAGGGGGGUCCCCAAACAGCCACCCCCCCUCAGCGAGGGCACCCCAGCCUUGCUGCCAGAGGACGGGCCCUUACAGGCCAAUAAAAGCAUUUUCCAAGGA